UUGACAGCUGUCAGUUUAUAACAACAAGCGCCACCACUCCCCAAUAAGAAAAUACCAACAGUGCUCAUAUCAAAACAAUUAUUUCGUUUGCAAGCAAAAGCAUGCAAAAAUCUUCGCAUAUCGCACGCCAGGACUCACAAGAACAAUUGCCAACGACCCACUACAAAGUAAUUGUUCCAUCAAUGAAGCGACGUACAUUAGCUGGCACUAGCGGUGUUGCUGUAUUUGUGAUCGCGUUCGCUGCGAUUGUCAUCUCAUUCGCCACACCCAAUUGGCUCGCAAGUGAUGAUCGGAUAACGGGUGCAAAGCUUAAUCGUCUCGGACUCUGGGUACACUGCUUCAGAUCUUUACCGGAUGUGAACGACGAUAGUCAACGCCGUUUUUUCGUCGGCUGCCGCUGGGUAUAUGAUCCAUUCACAACAGGCUAUGAUGAGAUUCGAGGCUUUUUACUACCCGCAUUUAUGAUUGCAACACAAUUCUUCUAUACACUUGCUUUCAUUGGUGCACUUGUAUCAUGCGUGGGUGUUUUGGUAUUCUUCCUAUGCGCUGGACCAGAUCAGAAACAUUUUGUAACACUUAUAAAAGUAAUAGGCUUUGUGAUGUUGGGAACUGGUGUUUGUGCAUCGGUGGCUGUCAUUGUUUUUGCAUGUUUUGGCAAUCGUAAUGGUUGGAUGCCAGAACACGCCAACAAUUGGUUCGGUUGGUCAUUUGUGCUCGCUUGUGUUGGCGCAGUAUUUUCAUUGGUGACAGCAAUUUUAUUCCUUACUGAGCAAAAUGUACAAGCGAAGAAACGUCGACAAUUCAAAGAGUCGCAAACACGUUUUGAGUUGGUUCAAGGUAAGGCCUAGUGCUGGUCCCAUCUCUCGGCGGAGGAGCUUGGAUUGAUGGAGCAUAAAAGUAGUCGCGAGAAUAAAUACAAGCAUUUAAAAAUGCAAAAAUAUACUGGUGUUACUGGCCUAUAGCAGCAGGAUAAGAUGAAUAAUUCAAGGUAAAUACAUACAUAGAUUUAAGAAUUAGGAAAAUAAUAAUUUUCUCAUUGUUCGAAUAAUAAAAUAAACGUUUUUAUUUUAUAUAUUUUAAAAGUCCGUCCAAAUUCUAAAAAAAAAAAAAGACAUUCAACUUUAAGUAAAAAAAUGUUUGUAUUUUAGGUUUUGUUUAGAAAUUCAUGUGCUACACGUAUUGUAUCGUAAAAGAAUAGUUGUAAGUUUAUGCAAUUUGUACAAGGUUUACACAUACAUACAUUUACACAUUGCAUAAUCAUAAUAGUUCCCAUAAUUCAGUACAAAUGGCCAAAAACGCAGUUGGUACUUAUGAAUUUGCAUUUACAUACUUAUUACUUACUUUGCAGUAGAUUCGCAGACAUCUAAGACUGUCUUAUAAGAAAAACUAUUGCAUUUGUGUCCAACAACGAAUUUUUAAUUAGAAUCUCAAACUUUUCUCUAGAAAAUAUAUAAAAAAAAAGCCAUUUGUACUGAACGUGACAGCAUUACAACAUAAACACAAAAAAAAUUUUUAUUUCUGGUCAACCUUUAUACAGCUUUUUAAAAUAAAUAAAAAUGAAAGUAUUAAGUAUAGUAGCAAAUAGGAAAAGGUAAUUAAGAAGUGCAUGCCAAUUGAAGGCAUACAAUUGUCUACUGCGAAAAAUUGCAUAAAACUUCGUACUUUUGUUCACACCACCUAUGUAAGCAUCAGUAAGUGCAUUCAUACAUACAUAUAUACAUAAGGGCAUAUACAUUUUUAUAUAGCAAUAUACAUAUGUAUGUGGAUAAACCCCAAAUUAUAGUGGUUUAAUGAGUAGAAUUUACAAAUAUUGUAAUCAAAGUAUCGUAACACAAAAGUUAUUAAAGUAAAAAAGACGCACAGUAAAAAAAAUGAUAUUAAUUACGCUUUUUUUUAAUUUUGCGCAACUACAAAUAGUGCCUUAGAAGACAAUAUUGUACAAAUCUACAACUUAAUACAUUACAAUCAUUCCAAAUUUCUUAGUAUACACUUCGAAAACAAAUCUUAAUAGUUGUAUGUUUUAUCUCUUUUUGAAUAAUUUAAUUGACAAUUGAAAAUGUAAACUUAAACAUAUACAUAUAAGUGUAUGUGACUCUAUAUACAAAGUGUAAGUGCAGCUAAUUUAAGGAUAAUAUUAUAUGUAUCCUAAUAUCAUUCAAAUUUUUGUAAAAACACAGACGAAGCAUGUGUAUUCAUAGAAUAUGUUAACGAAUUCAUUUAUUUCGAACACGAUAUCUUAAACUGUUGUUUGUAUAUUUUCACACUUGUAAUUUGCUCCUACUCGAAUUUUAAUAAAACGAAAAA